AUGCGACACCUGCCCGACGAGCUCCUUCUCCAGAUCAUCGCCUUCCUCGAGCCCCCGGAGCUCGUGAGCCUGCAACACGUGUCGCGCCAGUUCCUCAACCUCGGCCGCGACAACAAGCUGUGGAAGCAGCUAUGCUUCUCGCAUUCGUACACGGAGCGCCGCCGCCGCCGCCUCGAGACCACCGUCCCCUCGCCGCCCGCUGAGCCGGAUCCGCGCGUGGCAGAGCUGAUCGAAGCCGCCAACAGCCUGGCGGACACGUUCGACAUGGCCGCGCACAACCCCCACGCCCCAGGCGCCGAGGCGCAGCUGACCGGGGACCGCGACAAGAGAAGCGCUGCGCUGCUGGACUACUGGGAUCCCAGUGGCCUGCAGGAGAAGGUGAACUGGUACGAGGAGUUUGUGCAGCGCCAUGCGCCCGCGCACAUCAGCUGGUUCCAGCACGCCGGACACGACGACGACGACGAGGCUCGGAGAGAAGCCACGGGCGCAGGGCUGCUGUUCGACGCCGACGGCCUGGCCUCCAAGCUCGUGGCCCCGCUGGACGACGGCAGCAUCAAGAUCUGGGACGCCAGCGCGCAGAGCAGCACCUUGGGCACGCUCGUUGCCCAGUCCGACGCAGGCCUGCUGUCCGACCGAGGCCCCGACCUGGGCCGCCACACGCGCCUCGCGCAGACCCAGGCCAUCAUGACCGACACGGGGGCCGUCGAGUGUGUCAGCAUCGACAGCACCCGCCACAACGCCUUCUUCGCAGUCCAGAACACGCUCAACCAAGUCGACCUCACCACGCUCCAGAUCGUCUCGCGCACGCCCUACCCCUUCCCCAUCACCGCCCUCAGCGAGGCACACCACUCGACGCCACUGACUGUGGGCACAAACUGGACACUGCACCUGCACGACACCCGCAAACCCGCACCCCCCUCCUCGCGCCUCGAGCUCCUCAACACACCCCCCACCUCCUCCUUCUCCCGCCUUGCCUGUGGCGACUUCGGCGACCACGUCUCCCUCACGCAGCCCGGCCCCCUCUCCAUCGCCCACCUCCCCCCCACCCUCGGCGACGGCAACGGCAACAUCUGGGUCUCGGGGCGCUUCACCUCCCUCCUACACUUCGACCGCCGCUUCUUCCCACGCCUGCGCGGGACCGUCCACUCAGGCGCCCGCACAUCCAGCCUGACCGUGAUCCCGCACCCCUUCAUCCCGCACAACCUGCGCCUCGGCGCCCCUCACGCCUCCCCCGGCCUGCUCCUCUCCGCGCGCCAAACACCCGGCAUGACGCUCGUCGCCGCCGGCGCGUACAAAGGCAAGGGAAGUCUAGAGCUGUACUCGCUCUCCCCCUCGCCGACCUACGCCAUCAACAGCGCCGACGCGCGCACAACGCGCAACACACGCGCACACUACCAGAACCGACAGACGGCCUCGUCGUCGAAGCUGCUCGCCGUCGCCGCGCACGGGACGCGGAUCGUGUUCAGCGACGGCGAGGGGAAUCUAAAGUGGGUGGAGCGCGACGCGAGGACGCCUGUGCGGGCAUUGAACAUCAACGAUGCUUCUCAUGCUACCAAGAAAGAAGAUGGCCGCCGUAUCACCCAGCCCCGCCAUCCUUCCUCCACGGCAUCGGGGACAGCCCCAGGCACAGGCACAGACACAGGCACAGGCGACAUGGUGCAGCGCAUCCUCCCCACCAUCUCCCCGACCAUCUCCCCUCCCCACCCCUCCCCACCCGCCCUCGGGACGCAGAACCUCCUCCUCUGGACCGGCGACGGGCGACUCGGGCUAGCGCAUUUCGGCCGCGCCGACCUCUGCGACGCGGACACCUUCGAGGACGCGCUGGAGCACCAGGCAGACACCCCGGACAGAUCGAGGGAGAGAGAGUAUAGUCUCAACAUGCGGAGGGCGCUGGAGCAACAGGCGAGGGAGCUGCGCUGGUUGAGGGGUUAUGGACUGUAG